CUCCUAGUCCUAGUGCUAUGUGGCUGAAUAAUAUCAGUAGCUAGGCCUAGGAAGAUAUGUACCAUGAAUAAUUGCGUAUAGUAUAUAUAAGAGUGAUGAGUGAUUAUACACUAUGUUGCAAACUGAUUCUUCACUAAUCAUCAUCCUUUCCUUUGCUCUCAUCAAUAUAAUGGCCGACGAAAUCUUCCUCGACUUCUCCCCUUUGUUCAUAGUCUACAAAAAUGGCACACUCGAGAGGCUUACCGGCGAAGAUGUCGUCCCUCCAUCUCUUGAUCCACCCACCGGAGUCCAAUCCAAAGACGUCCCAAUCCCAGCAGAGUUCAACCCCAACCUCUCCGCCCGGAUUUACCUCCCGCCCAACGCCGAUCCAGCCAAAAAGCUCCCGCUUCUCGUCUACUACCACGGCGGCGGCUUCGUAGUCGAUUCCCCCUUCUCCCCGCUCUAUCACAAGCACCUCAAUCUCUUAGUCGCACAAGCCAACGUCGUCGCCGUCUCGGUUAAUUACCGGUUAGCCCCCGAAUUCCCAAUCCCGGCCGCCUUCGAGGAUUCAUGGCGCGCUCUCAAGUGGAGCGCCGAGGGAAAUGAUGAAUGGAUCAAUGAAUUCGCCGAUCUGAAGCGUGUGUAUUUAGGCGGGGACAGCGUGGGCGGGAAUAUAGCACAUAACAUCGCAAUGCGGGUCGGGUUGGAGGGUUUCAAGUUGGAAGGGAUGUUCCUGAAUUGCCCCGCCUUUGGGGGCGAGGAUCCGAUUGGGUGCGAAACGGCGGAGGAGUUCAAGAAGAGGGCGGAGUAUUCUAAGAGACUGUGGAAAUAUGUUUGCCCGAGCUUGAGGGAUCGGGACGAGGAAUGGGUGAACCCGGGUAAGGAUCCGAAUAUAUCGGGUUUGGGUUGCGGGAAAGUGCUGGUUUAUGUUGCGGGGAAUGAUUACCUCAAGUAUAGAGGAUGGUAUUACACAGAGGUGCUGACCAAUUGUGGAUGGAAGGGAGAAAUCGAGUGUGUUGAGGUUGCAGGGGAAGACCAUGUUUUCAGUGUAAAUACUCCAGAUAAUGAGGUAGGAAUCGAUAUGAUCAAAAAAGUGGCUUCCUUUAUCAAUAACUAAAUCAAUUAUCAUGACGUUCAUCGCAUAAUGUCUUUAUGAUUUAAAUAUCUAAUAAAUGGGCAUUUAUUCGAAA